UACAGUAGUUCACCCCCUUCCCUGUAGAGCCUGCUGAGAUGACCGCAUAAAUAGCAGUGCAUCCCCCUCCCUGCGGAGACUGUUAUGAUGGCCACAUAUACAGUAGUGCACCCCCCUCCGCAGAGCCUGGUGAGAAGACCACACAUAUACAGCAGUGCACCCCCCUCCGCAGAGCCUGGUGAGAAGACCACACAUAUACAGCAGUGCACCCCCCUCCGCAGAGCCUGGUGAGAAGACCACACAUAUACAGCAGUGCACCCCCCUCCGCAGAGCCUGGUGAGAAGACCACACAUAUACA